AUGAUCAACCCUACCUACCUUGCCCAAAGGACGCGCUCGUUCCUCAAGUCCUACCGCGAGUGGGUUCGCGCCGCUCCCGAGAUCCAACAGAUGUACUCGCUCAACAUGCCCGUCUCGGCCAUCCGCACAAAGAUGAGACAGGAGUUCGAAAGACACCGUUACGUCCAGCAAUUGAAGACUGUCGAUGUCCUUCUUUUCAACUCUCACCAGGAAUACCAGGUGCGCUGCCACCAAUCGAUGUGGACAAGCUCAAAGUUGACCCAUUGUCUACUCNAGGAAACCCUCAACUUCUGGAAGCAACUCACCCACGUCCUCAAGUACUUCCGCGCCGAAGAGGACCCCAAGGCUGCAUUGCCCAAGAACUUCAUCCAAGGUUUCCUCGAGGUACGAUCCGCUUUGCAGUCAAACCAG